UGGGAUUUCAUCAGCUCCUUCUGCCUCCGUGCAUUUAACCUAUUUUUCUUGUCUUUGAUUAUGUAAGAGGAGCGGUGUAGAGAGGAGCGAUGAGUAGGGGUGGCUGAUGGGCUUCCUGGGGAAUUACCGGGUUUUUUGUCUCCAGCUGAUCCGCCGAGUUAGCGCUGGGAAAUGCGGGAGACCUGUGUUUCGGGUUUUUACUUGUAUUUACAUUGCUUGCACUGCUCCAAAUGGUGCAGCACAAUGCAGGAGAGGGAGGCAGGGAGUGGAAACAGAGUGAAACUGACCAAGUGUUUUACUUCCCUCUGAGUGAAAAAUCAAGAGGAAAUUAGAAUAUGAAACAGGAGCCAAAAUGACAUCCCGAUUUGGAAAGACCUACAGCCGGAAAGGGGGAAAUGGCAGUUCCAAGUUUGAUGAAGUAUUUUCCAACAAACGGACCACCCUUAGUACAAAAUGGGGAGAAACCACCUUCAUGGCCAAAUUAGGACAGAAGAGGCCCAGUGUCAAACCAGAUAUUUCCGAAGUUCCUAAAAAACCCAAAGUUGAAGAUGAAGUAACGGAGGAUCCAUUUGGAUUUGACAGCGAUGAAGAAUCUCUUCCUGUGUCUUCAAAGAAUGUGUCACAGGCUAAAAGCUCCUCUCAGCUGGAACCGGGUGAAGCUGCUCAGUCUGAGGACUUCUCUCCUCUACUUGAAGCAAACAGCAGAAUUAAUCAGCCAGACAGUGGAGAAAAUGUUGCAUCCAGUAAGUGCAUACCUUUUGACAAUACUGUCCCUCUCUUGAAAGAAAAGAGCACAAGCAGAAGUGUGGAAGAUGGAGAGUGCAAGGGCAGUAGUGCUAAACUUGUAACUGCAGAUAAAAUCCAGAACUUGAAAGAAGAUAAUGGGAACAGUCAUUUAAUCUAUGACAAUGCUGAAGAGAGUAAUAAAACCAAUGCUGAGACUACAGACACUUCUGGAUGCAACACCGAAGCCAAGGACUUGCCUGAUUCUUGGGACUCCCACGUGGGAAAAACAGCAGACUCUCCAUCAGAAACAUCUCAGACCAAGGGGCCACUAAGAACUCACUUGUAUGAAUGGGAGGAUGAAACUGAAAACACCAGAACUGGAGAGUAUAUAUUAGCUUUUGACAAUGAGCAUCUCUCAGAGGUGAAGAGCAAGGAUGAGGAGUGCGAUAAAGAAGAUAGUGAAAAUCCAAAGGAAGCCAUUAGUGAAGAACUCGUGCAAACUAUUCCUAGGCCAAGCAACUGUAGGACAUAUUGUCGAUCCAACAAAGCAAAACUGCAGGGGGCAACAAAUUUUGACAAGCUAAUGGAUGGCACUAGUCAGUCUUUAUCCAAAGCAAACAAUGAGUCAAAUAAUGAUGGUCUGAACCCAGGAAAAAAAGUUUCUUUAAGUAGUGGGACCAGUUUUAGAGGGACGGUUGGACGGACUAGAGACUACACUGUUCUCCACCCAUCUUGCUUGUCAGUUUGCAAUGUCACCAUCCAGGAUACCAUGGAGCGCAUGGAUGAAUUCACCACAGCAGCCCCGACUGACCUGGGCGAAGCUGGGCGCUUAAGGAAAAAAGCAGACAUUGCUACCACAAAAACUACAACCAGGUUCCGACCAAGCAAUACCAAAUCCAAGAAGGAUGUCAAAUUAGAAUUUUUUGGGUUUGAUGAUCAAGACGAGGGAGGGGGAGAUGAAGGCGCCUCUAGAAGUUCUGGGAGUUCCAAUUACAAAAUCAAGUACUUUGGGUUUGAUGACUUAAGUGAAAGCGAGGACGAAGAUGAAGAGUGGCAGGUAGCAGAAAGAAAGGCAAAUAAAAAGCGAAGUAGAGCUGUACCAUCUGCUUCCCUACAGUCAACCUCUGAUGGCAAUGAAAACUGUUCCCAGGAUAGCCAGCUCAGUACUAAUGCAGAUCUGGAGUUUUCAGAGGAUGCAUCUGGUGUGCUUGAAGGCAAUAAGAAAUCCACAAAUAAACAAGGUGAUAAAUCUAAGGAAAACACCAGGAAGAUUUUUAGUGGGCCAAAGCGGUCUCCCACAAAAGCAGUAUAUAAUGCUAGACACUGGAACCAGCCAGAAUCAGAGGCUCUGCCAGCACCACCAGCUUUGAAAACUCCCAGUGUCCCAGUAAGGCUAUCUUCAAAGGAGGCAAUUCAUAAAGAUGAUGGAGUUUUUAAGGCUCCUGCACCACCUCCCAAAGUGAUAAAAACUGUGACAAUACCUACUCAGCCCUAUCAAGAGAUAGUAACUGCAUUGAAAUGUAGGAAAGAAGACAAAGAAUUAUACACUGUUGUUCAGCAUGUAAAGCACUUCAAUGAUGUAGUGGAAUUUGGUGAAAAUCAAGAGUUCACAGAUGAUAUUGAGUACUUGUUAAGUGGAUUGAAGAGCAAUCAGCCCCUAAACACACGUUGCCUUAGUGUAAUCAGCUUGGCGACCAAGUGCGCCAUGCCCAGCUUCCGAAUGCAUCUGAGAGCGCACGGGAUGGUAGCCAUGGUUUUCAAAACACUGGAUGAUUCCCAGCACCAUCAGAAUUUGUCCCUUUGUACAGCAGCUCUAAUGUACAUCCUGAGUAGAGAUCGCUUGAACAUGGAUUUAGACAGAGCUAGUCUAGAUCUGAUGAUACGGCUUCUGGAAUUGGAACAAGAUGCUUCCUCUGCCAAGCUGCUGAAUGAAAAAGACAUGAAUAAAAUUAAGGAAAAAAUUCGGAGACUAUGUGAAACUGUUCACAACAAACAUCUUGAUCUUGAAAACAUCACGACUGGGCAUUUGGCAAUGGAGACAUUACUGUCUCUCACCUCAAAGCGAGCUGGGGACUGGUUUAAAGAAGAACUGCGACUUCUGGGUGGUCUGGAUCAUAUUGUAGAUAAAGUUAAAGAAUGUGUGGAUCACCUAAGCAGUGAUGAAAACGAAGAGAAGUUGGUUGCUUCGUUAUGGGGUGCAGAGAGAUGUUUACGGGUCUUAGAAAGUGUAACUGUGCAUAAUCCAGAAAAUCAGAGCUAUCUGAUAGCAUACAAAGACUCACAACUCAUAGUCUCCUCAGCUAAAGCACUGCAGCAUUGUGAGGAGUUAAUCCAGAGAUAUAAUCGUGCUGAAGACAGUAUCUGUUUACCAGACAAUAAGCCUCUGCCCCACCAGAAUGUAACUAACCACGUGGGUAAAGCAGUGGAAGACUGCAUGAGGGCCAUCAUUGGGGUCUUGCUCAACCUGACAAAUGAUAAUGAAUGGGGUAGUACAAAAACAGGUGAACAAGAUGGUCUGAUAGGCACAGCGAUGAAUUGUGUGCUUCAGGUUCCAAAGUUCCUACCUCAAGAACAGAGAUUUGAUAUUCGGGUGCUGGGAUUGGGUCUGUUGAUCAAUCUCGUUGAAUACAGUGCCCGGAACAGGCACUGCCUUGUCAAUAUGGAAACAUCGUGUUCUUUUGACUCCUUGUGUACGGCCGAAGGAGACGAAAGCCUGAAGAUAACUGGACAGAUUGAUGCUGUUCAGGCUUUAGUGCAGCUGUUCCUGGAGUGUGAGCGAGCGGCACAGCUGGCCGAGAGCCAGACGGACGAGCUGAUUAAAGAAGCUCCCACUUCUCAGCAUGAUAAGAGUGGGGAAUGGCAGGAGACAAGUGGGGAGAUCCAGUGGGUCUCCACAGAGAAGUCAGACAGUACUGAGGAGAAGGAUAAGAAGGAGGAAGACGAUGAAGAACUUGAUCUUAAUAAAGCUCUUCAGCAUGCUGGGAAGCACAUGGAGGACUGCAUUGUGGCCUCAUACACAGCAUUGCUUCUAGGCUGUCUCUGCCAGGAGAGUCCAAUCAAUGUGACUACUGUGAGGGAGUACUUACCUGAAGGGGACUUCUCGAUAAUGACCGAAAUGCUCAAAAAAUUUCUCAGUUUUAUGAACCUUACUUGUGCUGUUGGAACAACAGGCCAGAAAUCUAUCUCUAGGGUGAUUGAAUACUUGGAACACUGCUAGAUACUUAACUUCCGCUGCAGGCACUCUAAUGCUGGAGCUACCCUUAGGCAAAAGAAGAAGUCAUGAAAGAAGUCCUUGAAGGAUAUACCAAGAGCAUUCAUCUGUGUCAUUCGUGUUCGGAUUUUUAAGGCUACCUGGUCUCUUAACCAUGCAUUCAGCAUUUUCUAAAAGACAGUUACUACAUCAAUCUGCAACUAUCAAAAAUGAGGGGAAAAAGGUUCUGAGGAAAGUAAAUAAAGAAACCUUGCUGUUUAUGAUGCAGUGCAGUAUUUAAAUAUUUUUGGCAGGGUUUACCCUCCCUAUCUUUUUUUCUUGCUUUGUUCGUGACAAGUUUCAAGGGGAAAAACUUGCUGCUGAUAGUGCAACUGCUGUUUACUGUUGAGCCACUGUUUCAUGCCAGCCAGGUGCAAAGGCAGCUUAGCUACUGAGGUAUCAAACAAAUGUUCUAAUAAAGAAGUUCUGGACAGCAGCACCGCUCCUAUUUGAGUUUAAUUUGCUCUUGCUUUUUUAUUACGAGAUUAUUCCAAAAUCAUAAAAUAUAAAUUUUUAAAUACUUUUGUGAUUUUAACUACUGUCUAUAUUUAAAAUUUGUUGGAAUCCAAAGAGGCGAGGAUUGGAUAGUUUAUUUUUUAUACUGUUUUGAUUGAAAUUAGGUCACUGAACUAUUUCUCAAUUCUAAAACUCCCAUGGCCCAUGUACUGUAACCAGCUAGACCAUAAUGCUUUGUAGUUCCAAGAGCAUGCAGACCCAUAAACACACAAAACCAUUGAGGGUACGUUAUCCACAAAAGGAAUAGUGACUGUAAAAAGUUGUGCCCUGUUUAAAAUGCAAAUGAAAUGAAGAAAGAAAAAAAAAAAUUUAAAAACCACUCAAUCCCAGGGUAGUUUACACUUCUAAUAAGCAAAAACUUUGAAAUGCUGUUUUAAUUUGUUUCAAGGAAGAACUCAAGGUGUGUUUUAUAAUGUUGAAUACAAAGAAUUUGGAUGCUUUAGGGGGAAGAAUUUUAAAGAAGCUAAAACACCAAUGGGGAUUAACGGUUCCAGCUGACAUAAUCUUUCUAUUUCAUCCUUCUGUAGUAUGACAGAGUUGAAAUGCAUACAACACAAAGCCUUAAAUUGCUGAUAUAGCUAAGAUUUUGUUCAGUCUGAGGUCUAGUUCACAGCAAAGCAUUGUGUUUGAGGACUUAAGUGGAACAAAGAAUCCCAGAAAAUACAUGACUUUUUUAACAAUUUUUUUCUUGCACUCACUAUUCAGACCAACAGAAUCGAUUAUUAAUUAUUUUUAUUAAGGUGGUCUUGAAUAUUUGCAGACUGUUCUGCGAUCUGCUUCGUUGACAUUUUUAAAUACCUGUAUAGGUAGUUACAUCAUGUUACUCCAUUGAAUUUGUAAAACUUGAAGCCAUAAAAAUAUUAGUUCUAUGUAUAAUGAGGGGGAAAUAACAGGAAAUCUAACCUGCUUUUAGAUCUUGUGUUAUCUCCGUGUAUAAAGUUAAGAACUUGUGCUUUUGUAUCAGUGCCAGCUGUAAAUUUUUUUACAUACAGUGGCUGCCUUCUAUGUCUUCCUAUUUUUGAUAAUGCAGAUUGUUGGGAAUUCUGUAAGGAAGUAACUGAUUAAUGGCAAAAAUCUUAUGUUGGUCAUAUUUUUUUGCAUUUUCUCUCAUCACCUUCUAAAACUUAGUGUAUCAGUGUAACUUAGAAAAGUUUUUGAGGUUGUAUUCCCCUUCCGUAAAAAAAACCAAAACAGUACUGAGAGAGGGAAAAAGGUGUAUGUAAAUGAUCUGCAUCAGGAGGAAAUUAGUAAAUAUUUGGCCCAUCUAGUUUUUGGAUUUUAGAGAUUUUCACAUACAUAAUGAGAUUUCAAAUUGUCUAUGUAGUUUCCUGUGGAGAGAUGGCAAGAGAAAAGAAGAUGCAAAUGUGAUGAUGGGGGAAAGCAGGGACAACUACCUUUCUUUGUUACACUGGUAAUUGUUUGGGAAUUGAUUUACCUCAGUGUUUAACAGGUUUUUUUUAAAUGUAACUAAUUGUCAAGCACUGACAAAUGCAGAUUUUUUUUUUUUUGAGGGUGGGGGGAGAAAUCACCCUGUGAACUGCAGUGCAUUUUUGUGUGUUAGACCCUCAAAUAACUCUGCAUUAAAGGGUACUUGAGGCCAACUUGCAAAUUAAAGUUUUAAAGUAACUUUUUUUCCAUUGUAAAUAUUUGUGUAAAUACUCUCAAUUGGAAAUUAGAACAGUAGAGUACUUUUCUGAAUCCAAUCCUAUUUUUAUUUUAUACAGUAUUUCUCAGCUGUGAUCUUUGGAGCAAAAGCCAACGGCAGGAAAAAUAGUUUGUACCAGUUUCAUGAAGUAUGUCUUUGGGUUUUUGUAAAUAAUUUUAACUCAAAUAAAAUUGCUACUUUCAAUACA